GUGCAGUUAGUAGAGAAGGAUACUCCGCUCAGAGCUGAGAGAUGACAGGCACAAAUGUCUAUUGAGAGCAGAUAGCAGUCUCUCUCUGAACAUAGAGUGUAAGGAGAGAGGGUGAGGGGAUUUGGCUACAAGCUACACUUCGCCAUCACACCCAGGCACUAGCUUGCUAUCCGUACAGAGCUGUGUGUUGGAAAAAUGUUGCCUGGCAUAGGAGAGGAGGCUGCAGGGAAAGGAUCUACAGGCAGCCAAGUCUCCGAACAGGAGCAGAAGGAGCAGUUGAGACAGGAUAAAGCCUUCUAUGACAAUCUUACACCCACCAAGAAACCAAAACCGCCUAAACCUCACAAUGCCAUUACCAUUGCUGUGUCUUCACGCGCUCUCUUUUACAUGGAAGAGGAGCAGGAAGUGUACAGGGAGCAGGGCCUGGAGGAGUAUGUCCGUUACCAGCUAGCGCAUGAGAAUGAACCUUUCAAACCUGGAGCUGCCUUUCCUUUUGUUAAGGCUCUGGAAGCUGUUAACAUCCAUCUACGUGAGCUCUACCCAGAGAGUGAGGAUCUGUUUGAUAUUGUCCUGAUGACCAAUAAUCAUGCACAGGUUGGAGUGCGUCUCAUAAACACUAUAAACCAUUACAAUCUCACCAUUGAGCGUUUUUGCAUGACUGGAGGUAACAGCCCAAUCGACUAUUUGAAAGCAUAUCAUACCAACCUUUAUCUUUCAUCCGAUGGCCAGAAAGUACAGGAGGCCAUAGAAGAAGGAAUUGCUGCUGCAACAAUUUUUAGCCCCAGCCAAAGCUUGUCUCCAAAUGAGGACCAGCUGCGUGUGGCGUUUGAUGGGGAUGCUGUCCUGUUCUCUGAUGAAUCUGAGCAGAUAGUGAAGGAGCAUGGGCUUGACAUAUUCUUUGAGCAUGAGAAGGCUUUUGAGAACAAACCUCUAGCACAGGGACCUCUGAAGUGUUUCUUGGAAUCACUAGGACGACUACAAAAGAAAUUUUAUUUAAAAGGCAUGAGAAUGAACUGCCCCAUACGCACGUACUUGGUUACUGCACGUAGUGCAGCCAGUUCUGGGGCGCGAGCUCUAAAGACACUGCGCAGCUGGGGUCUUGAGACUGAUGAAGCACUUUUCUUGGCAGGGGCACCAAAGGGACCACUACUGGAAAAGAUUCGCCCUCACAUCUUCUUCGAUGAUCAGAUGUUCCAUGUGGAGGGGGCACAGGAGUUGGGAACUAUAGCAGCCCAUGUCCCAUAUGGAGUUGCACAGAGACAUAAACACAAACCUGCACAAAACACAAAGUGAUGCUAAAACCCCAGUAUAUGUCACUAUGUCCCCUCACUCUGUGUUGGUCCUUGCCUCAUGUCUAUAUUUAUGUGAAAUUAAAUAAGUUACUAUGGAUUUGAGAAGAAGAACUCUCCCUCUAUUUACAAAGCUUCUGGUUCUGUAAUUGAAUCAGAUAGAUUGGCAGGCUUGAAGAAAUGGCUUAUAAUUGUUAUCAAAGGUUCCUGCACUCAUGCCCAUAUACCUUGUUGGCGUCUGCUGCAGAUAACUAUGGCUGUAACAGACUUCUCUUCUACUUGGUAGUUGAUACUGAAUACCAUAUAAACGUAUUGCUUAGAGACAAAUCGUGUCACCAGCCCUGUUCUUGUAUAAAAAUGUUACAUAGACCUAACAUUAAGGUUAUCAUAUGUCCUGUAAAGAAAUGGCACUUAUGAAACCAUAUUGGCAUGAAACUGAAUGAUCAGAUUAACCUGAAGACAGCACUGUUUUUUACAAGUGCAUAUCCAUAAUGAGAAACUCUACCUUAGCCUAUAUUCUGCUUUGAAUGUCAAUCAACCAUGGAUUAUGUUGCCUUUAAAAGGAGACCUGAAACUUUGUGUUUUAGUUUCUGCUCUCUUGUUGCGUGACUGUAUUUGUUUGCUAUAAUUUCUGCGUGUCUGUAUCUGUGCAUUACAAUUGGUCUGUGUCUGUAUCUGUGCAUUACAAUUGGUCUGUGUCUGUAUCUGUGCAUUACAAUUGGUCUGUGUCUGUAUCUGUGCAUUACAAUUGGUCUGUGUCUGUAUCUGUGUGUUACAGUUGCUGUGUCAAUAAAUGUUUUGCUUUCUUGCUGUUUGUUUGGAUGUGCUAGUCCAUUUCUCCCAUUGUUUCUAGGUAUUUGUGCUGCAUAUUUCAUUGUCACACAGUGGGUCUUAUUUAGCUGCCAACAGUUGGUAAAAAGGUUAUUUUUUUAAACCAGUCACUAUACGAUUUACCUUGGAAUUGGUCUAAUUUAAGGAGAAAUGAUCACUAUACAUUAAAGCCAGAGAUCAGUUCUAAUUGGAAUUAAAUGCUGUAUAUGUUUUUAAUUUAAAAUGACCACAUUGCAGAUGCAUUUGUGCUAGUUUAUACCAUUUAGAUUGUGGAACAUGAAUGCAGAAUUGCUUUCCUGCUCUUCCUUAAUCAUAAAUACAAUAUCGUUUAAAAGUAACACCAUUUUUUCAACCAAUAAUGGGACACGGGUAUGAGAACAGUACAACUGUGAGAUUAUUAAUUGCUCGCGCUUGUAAAAAUAUAAAUAAAAAUGCUUAAAUUAA